UGGAAUCGGAAAUAAGGUAGUUGCAGCAGCGCGCCUCGGAAAUGCCAGCCGCCAUGGCUCUCAAUCUCCGCCGCAUGUACGCCGAAGUGAGUGGACACCUGAACUUCAAGCUCCUCUCGGCUCUCCUGCGAUACUGCCCGAACAUCGACGAGUUGCGUAUUCAUUUCGCGAGCGGAACCUUCUUGAACGCGCUCCUGGAGUGCAACGUUAUUUUCCAACAGUGCGCGAGUUUGGAAACAUUCACGUUUUCUUCCGAGGUGCCACCCUCCUUUCAACAACUGCCGCCCGAACCGUUGGAGUUCACGAGCUACGCGGCCGUCUGCGCCAACGUUACCUACCGGAGGUCGAGCAACAUGUGGAACUGUGUUCUACUUCGAGAUCUCGUUGACCGCUGCGACGAUCCCCUCCGUCUGCCGCAACAGCUGGUCCUGGUUGCCGUCCAUCACGCAGAAGGCACCACAGUGGAAUGGAUUCGCCUGGCCAGCCUUGAACACUUCUGGACGAACGUGCGCCAACUCUGUCUUCUGCUAUUUCCAGCACAGCCCUCCGAAGGCGUUUACGCGACGGCAGGCACCGCGUACCGCGAUAGUCUUCGCGACCUCGUAUCGACCAAGCUCCGGCAGGUCGUCGAGCUUAACAUAAGCGCGUUCCACUUCGGCCCGGAUCUCGACUUGACGGCACUGCUCCAGGACGGCUCGCUGGAGCAUCUGCAAUCCCUCUCGGCGACCCCUUGCGGGCUUCGCCGCCCGUCAGCUCUGCGCCGUCUGGCGCAGAACUGCCCCGACUUCAAAGAACUGGACGUGCGCUUCGAUAGGAGGGGCAGCUUCGUUCGGUGCGACGUCUGCGAGGGCGAGUUCCUCCUCGAUCACGAAGACAUGUUGGAAAUGUACGAAGACGCGCCCGUCUUUCACAAUGCGCUUGCAAGGCUGACUCUAAGUGACGUGCAUGUCCGUGUCUUCCAUUGGUUCGUCGAGGCCUGCCCAGCGGUUUCAGUGCGGCUCUCAGACUGCCCUAGUCACUCGCACCCACACUACCCGUCUUUGGGAAAACUGCUCGCCAGAAACAGCUCGCUGAGUUGUCUCGUGAUUCAGCACGAUGCCCUGCUCUUCGGCGAGGCGUGUCUGCUGGAAAACAUCUCCCGCAUCGCCAGCCUGCGGUACCUGUGCCUGCUGUCGGCGGUGACAUUACUGGACAAUGUCGCCGAGGUGUCCGUGCUGGCGUACAGUGACAGCCUGAAGCCUCACAUAAAGUGUGUACACGUUCACUAUCGAUCCUCUGAUCGCGCCACCGAGAAGCGGAUCACGUGGAUGGAGCGUGCUGACGCUCCAACCGGUGGCGUCCUGGUUCGAGAUGGUCCCUGCAUCCUCUGUUGUUCGACGGCGACGUUCAUAGGACUCGCGAAGCCGCUAAAUGGUGACUUCGAAGAGAUCGUGUAGAUGAAUGCACGGCCGAGACGUAAUAUAAUGUCUUAGAUACGCGUAAAUGUGUCUAGAAUAAUGCAGCUUAUCAUUUACCUUUUUCUUUCGUAUCUUCGGAUACGUAUGCCUUAUCCUUUGUUUAUUUUUCUUUCUUCACUCAGUGUCUGAACUCGCACUAAAGGGGCCCUGCGACGCUUUUUCAGCCCGUUGAAUAAAUCGCGCUAGA